GCGGGGCAGAGCGGAAGUGCUGGCGGCGGGCGCGGUGGGCCGCGUGCAGGUUCCAUGUGAAAGCACGCUGGGUCAGGUCGCAAGAACAAGAAGGCAGGAUGUUGUCGAGACCAAAGCCUGGGGAGUCUGAGGCAGACCUGCUUCACUUCCAAAACCAGUUCCUGGCAGCCAGAGCAUCGCCUGCAGUGAAGAUCGUGAAGAAAGCAGACAAGAGGAAGGGGGAGGAAGGGAGCAGAGAUGCUGAGAGGCUGCCGCUGCAAGACAGCAAGGAUGUGGUCAUGCUGGAUGAUUUUCCUGACGUUCCCCCGACUCUAACUCCGGCUCCUCCAAAAAAGUCCAAGACCAAAAGUGCCUGUGUCCACUUUGAGGAUGAAGAUCCAGAGGAAAGACUGGAGAGUCACGAUCAGCACAUCACAGCAGUCUUCAGCAAAAUUAUAGAACGAGACACAAGUGCGGUAGCAGUGACCAUUCCAGUGCCAACUGGAGAUCCGUUUCCCAGAACAUUUCAUCGCUCUGAGAUAAAAAGUGAGGUGAAGGUGGGAUCUGGAAGAAAAAGCAUCUUUGCACAAAAGAUUGCAGCAAGAAGAGCUGCUGAAAAGGCAGCGACAGCUCCCUCUGCUGCUGAGCAUGUGCAAAUAGGAUCAGCUACUGUGGGUGCCCUGGGUCCUGAGGGAUCAAUAGGAGAGGCACCCCUCCCCAGCCUCCAGGAUGAUAAAACUGUUGACUUCUUGACCUCUCGGCGGCCUUGUAUUAUAACGGGAGAGGGUCUUGGAAGCAAAAAGAGUGAGCAGGAAGUUCAGGCUAUUCACAAGGAGAACUUGGAGAAGCUGCAGUCCAUGUCGCAGGAAGAGAUCCUACAGGAGCAGGAGAGGCUUCUGGUUCAGUUGGAUUCCAGUUUAAUUGCUUUCUUAAAGUCACGACGUGAUGCUAAUGAAGGCCAGAAAAAGGAAUUGAAAAAGGAACAGGAGAGACCAGAGGAGUCUUUGGAAACUGCACCCAUGCCUCAACACAGUGUAGGAGCAUCUCCUUAUAUACAGGGAUCAGACACAGAGGAAUCCCUAAUGAAGGAAGAAAAUACGAAAGUAGAAAUCGCAGACAAUCUGCCUGUGAAGCCCAAGAAGGAAUGGAUCCACAUGGACAAUGUGGAGUUUGAGAAGUUGGAAUGGAUGAAAGAUUUGCCUCCACCCCGUCAGAAGAAAACCAGAAAGGGAAUGCAAGCUCGAUUCAGUUUGAAAGGAGAACUCAUUCCUGCAAAUGCUGAUUUACCUACUCAUCUAGGCUUGCAUCACCAUGGAGAGGAGGCAGAGAGGGCUGGUUAUUCUCUCCAAGAGCUCUUUCAUUUGUCUCGCAGCCAAGUUAUUCAACAGAGGACCCUGGCUCUACAGGUGUUGGGUCGUAUUGUUCAAAAGUCCAGGGCUGGGGAGUUCGCUUCCUCCUUGAAGGGCAGUGUUCUGCGUCUGCUCCUUGAUGCUGGGUUUCUCUUCUUGCUGCGCUUCUCACUGGACGAUGCAGUGGAAAAUGUCAUGGCAGCAUCUGUUGCUGCUCUCCGGGCUCUGCUGGUGUCUCUCGAUGAUGAGAAAUAUCUUGAUUUGACUUUCUCGUGGUAUCAAGGAAUGGCUGCAUUCCCUUUCCUCCCCAACAAGGAGGAGGAGGAGGAAGAUGAGGAGGAUGAAAUAACUGGAACUGAGAAGUCUGAAGACAAAAAAUUAAAAGAUGAAAACAAGCCAGAUCCAGAUGUGGCCAGAUAUGAUGUUAUAAAAGGACUUUUGAAGACACGAAUUCAGCACCGGCUGAGGUACAUCCUUGAGGUGGUACAACCUGUUCCAACUGUGGUCCUGGAUAUCCUGCACAUCCUCACCCACAUAGCAAGGCACUCCUCUGAAGCAUGCAACCAGCUGCUUGACUGUCCUCGGUUGAUUGAGACCGUUGUCAGGGAAUUUCUCCCUACACAGUGGGAUCCCCGAGUGGCUGAACCAGGGUGUUUACUCACAAGUGUUCAUGGAGUUCCUUGUGCCAGUGCUAUGAAGUUCAUCAGAGUGUUGGCAUCUGGAGGCCGAAAUGCAACAGCCCGAAUGCUCAACAAAUUUGAAAUGAAGAGUCGGUUAAGUCGAUUUAUUGCUGAAGACCCACUGGAUCUGCUCCUGCCAAGGGAAGAAGCCAUCAGGCUAAGCACUGAAGCCUUUCGGCUGUGGGCUGUGGCUGCUGGCUAUGGUCAGGCCUGUGAUCUUUACAGGGAUCUCUACCCUGUGCUGGUGAGGAUUCUGCAGUCCCUGCCUGACUUGCUUGGCAGUUGCUGUGAGAAGAGCCCUGUGCUUGAGCUGUCUGUCCAGCGAGCCACGGCGGUGGUUACUCUCCUGACACGUGUGACGCAAACAGCAGGUUGCACAGCAGAACUGCAGGCCCAGCAGAACAGUAAGGGCUCAGAAGAUAAUGAACAGAUUCCUCUUCCACCAGUAACAUGGAAUCAAGUGUCAAACUUACGGCCCUUCCUUGAGACCAGUCUGAAAAGAAUCCUCCAGGAGAUAUCCCACACAGAAACUUGGCAAGCUCUCCAGCCUCUAACCACAACUUACAUGAUCUACUUGGGAGUUUAUUAUAGUGCUUGCGGCCAACAGCCAUCAGUCAAUCCAAUUGACUGCUUAGAGGAACUGGAACACUUGACAUUUGAGGUGCUGCUGCCCCUUCUCAGCCAGCCAGCCGUGCACAACAUGUGGGAUUUGCUCAGGCCAUGUUCUGCUUUGUGCAAUCCUCUAUCCUGUGCCCCAGCACCGGAGUCUGUCUCCAGCAUUGUGUCUUUGAGUUGUACUGGAGGCAAACCUUCCCUGAGCCUAGUUGGCUCCAAGUCACCCUUCCCCUUCCUCACUGCCCUCCUAUUUCUCAUCAGCAGCAUCACUCACAUUCACAAAGGGCUAAUCAGUAAGUACAGCUCUGUGCUGGGCUUCAAGGGCUUGAAGGAUUAUCUGCAUAUGAGCUGGCAGACUGGACCUCCCUCUGUAACACCUUCAUCUGCGUGGAUACUGCGCCAUGAAUAUCAUCUACAGUACUUCGUGUUAACGUUGGCUCGGAGAAUGGCAGGCACUUGUCCAGAUUAUGCCCAGCAUGCCUCACUCCAUCACUGCAUUGCCAUGGCAUUGCUAAGCCGUCUGUUGCCAGGGAGUGAACAUCUGGCUCAUGAGGUCCUAUUGGAUCUUGCCUUUAAUCCAGAGUUUUUUCCUGAAGGGAAGGCUGGAGGGCCAGAAGCAGCUGACUUCUCUGAUAUCCUGCACCUGGGUACCAGUGCCAAACUGGCGCAGCCUGGCUCUGCAGCAGCGUUUUUUUCCAAGCCUACGCGUGGUGUCCUGCUGAGAGAAUCAUACCAGAAUCUGCGUUUCAUCCGCUCCUGCUACCUUUCUCAUUUUGUUCACUUACAGCCUACCCUUGUGCGUUCCCAGGCAUCCUACCAAGGACAGAAUUACCUCAUCCAGUCAAUGCUGCUUCCUGAGGUCAGAGGGCCUAUCCUGCCUUCAGACUGGCCUUUCUUGCCCCUUAUCAACCUCUACAAUAAAGUGACUAAUGCAGAAACACGGGGAGCUGUGCUGAACUCUCUCCCGCUUGAUCUAGUCAACACUGUGACCUGGAACUUGCAAUGGGUCUUGUUAUUGGAAACCUGGCGUGCUAAAACCCUUCAGAGCAUCCCCACUGCUGCCAAACUUGCACGGCUUAUGUGCGUCUUCCUCACAGGAGGUGACCUCUUUCUAGAAGCACCAAUCCAUUGCUACACAGCUGCUCUUCUCUCUCUCUAUUGCCAACCCAAAGCACUGGACUCCCUGAACUUGGAUGCUCCUCUCCCUGGUUUGGCUUCGUUCCAUGAUCUGUACACAAGUCUCCUAGAGCAGUUUGAAGGUGUCUCCUUUGGAGAUCCACUCUUUGGAGCCUUCGUUCUUCUACCUCUGCAGAAGCGUUUCAGCGUUCAUCUGCGGCUCUCUGUCUUUGGGGAGCACACAAGUAUCCUGAGGGCACUGGGAGUGCCACUUCAGCAGUUCCCUGUGCCUCUUGAGCAAUAUACUUUGCCUCCUGAGGAUAACCUGAACCUCCUGCGACUCUACUUCCGAACACUGGUUACUGGAGCACUGCGCCACACCUGGUGCCCUGUUCUUUAUGUGGUGGCUGUGGCUCACGUGAACAGCUUUAUUUUCUCCCAAGACAAUACAACACAAGAGGUUGACACUGCUCGGAAAAGCAUGCUGCGGAAGACGUGGCUCUUGGUAGAUGAGACCUUGAAGAAGCACCUUCUCUACUACAAAAUGCUGAAUGCAGAGAGCCCUUUGGGGUUUGAUCUUUAUGAGCAACUCCCUCCUAUGCGACUGAAGUACCUGCAGAUGGUGACGCAGAAAGAAAAUAAGGAGAAGGCAUCAGUGCUAGUCUCAUAGCAAAGCACUUGUAUAAAAGCAGGGCCAAGGGGAAGAAUGGAAAAGCUCAGUUCAUGCUUCAGUGAUGAAAAAAAUACGCUUCGUCAGGUAACAGUGUUUUGCUUGGAUGCUCUUGGCAUCUGUGUAAAUGAAGACCUAAUAGAAUGCUACCAGCCUUGCAGAGCAAUACAAGUCUUCUCAAGAUAUGACAAGAUGUGUGUUGUCUCCCCAUUCUUAAAGCUGGGACACAUUCUUCCAUUCUCCUUCAGGUUCUUUUGCUUCUUCCUGGAGGAGGUGAGAAAUAUGUGCCUGGAAGGCAUUGGACUGAAUAAAAUGAAAGACGUGAAAAAGCUGUUUGGUUCGUUAAAGCUGGAAGUUGUUGGUUCUCUAGAAGAUGUCAGUCUUCAUCUGUUUUCUAAAUGUAGGUCUUUCCCUUGCUUUUUUAUGUCCUGAGCUUUGCUUGAAUGGUCCCCUCACAAACAGAAUGACAACACAAGAGAAGCUGAUCCUAUGAGUGACUUUUUUUUUUUUUUUUUUUUUUAACAGGUAGUUUCUGUAGGGCAGUGUUAUGUGUAUGCCAUCAGUCACACAGAUGUACUACAUCAGAUCUCUAAGGAUGCAAUAGAAAUAGUAGUUUGCAAUGCAGUGGUAGAUACAAUGGUGCAUUCUCCCUUGGCUGUCUUUUGGACAGUCUCAAACCUGCUUGCUUUUCUCUUGUAAUUUAGUUACGUCUGUAACAAGAUUAAAAAAUAAUUUCUUUGCAGGAUGCUUGGCAAUAACAACGCCGCAUUAGGAGGGAAAAAACCCAAGUAUCUGCUUGUUUAACUAGAGUGUGCAUUGAUUGUCUUUUCAAAAGAGAGGAACAUAAUUUAAAUUUUAAAGUGGAAGUUCCUAAGUUUAAACUUAUAUUUAAAAAUUGCUAAUUUGACCCCACUUCUACAUCCUAAUUCUGUAUUGCAGCCUCAACCACAAGGGCUGCAAGUGUAUUGCCCUGAAAAGUUCAUCAUGAGUGCCAGCUCAAGCUCAAUAUACUGCUAAGUGCAGUCCCACUGAGGCCAAUGUUUCACUUAUAUCCAAUAGUUUUCCCAAAAUUAAGGGGAAUAUCUGGCAGGCUUUUUUGGGGGGUAGGAGAGUUAUUUUUUUGAACAGAACUUGCUAAAGUUGAUUUGUUCUGUUCUUGUGAAUAAACUGUCUUGGAAGGUACAGGGUGAUGCUUAGCCUGAAGAUUUAAGCUAAGCUCCUGUCUUUAUCUACUGCACAGGCCAAGCCAGCCUCCCUCUGAAGAGUCCGUUCCUGUGUCAGCCUUGCUCCAGUGAACAAAUUUAAGCUAGCAACUCCCAUGGUUGUACUUGCUGUCUUUGCACGAGCAGUUCUCUAAGUGUUCCAGCCCCCUUUGGGUUGCCAGAAGACAGUGUUUCUGGUUUCUCUGCAGCCUGUUCCACCUCUUUUCCUCUGUGUUUCAAACAGGACAUAGGCAGAACUGGUGUUUCAUUCUAAUCUCGUUUUUCCUAUUGCAGCUUUUGAUCUGCAAUAUCUCGCAGUUGCAGAUCAAUAUCGCAAAAGCACAAAAGUAACAAAAGCGCAGAGUGGUCAACAUUGAUUUUCUUAAUUAUUUUAAAAGUACUUGAUGUGAUUAAAAGUUCUAUUGAAGGCACUCAAGUUUUUGCUUUGUCUGGAUGAUAACCUCAGCAGUAGUCUUUCAAGACCAAUGAAUAGAGAGAUUUAAUGACUCCUGGCUGCUCAGAUUUUAGAACAGCCUUCAUUAAGGGUUUUGCCAUAUCCUCUUCUGACCUCUGGUUAUAAGAAUCCUUCUGCUCCUUUGUGCAUUGCAAAGUUGAGUUUUGGAAUGUGUACAAGGUGUAAAUAAACAUUUUGAUAAUUCUGUAA